UCUCUCCUGACGACCAACAUUCACAAUCACACACAUCUAUAUCACUUCUAUACAUACACUUCGAUUGAAAAAAAACGAAUUUCACUAAGAUAUUUCGCUCUUCGAUAACGGUGCUGGGUCCUUUAAUCUGGAAACUUGUUCCUGCCUCAGUAAAACCCUAGCUCGAGAAAUGUCGUCACGAUCUGCUUUUUUACUCUUCUGUGUUCUUGCUCUAGCCACAGAGGAGAGUCUGGCCUCAGUGUUCUCCUCAAGGCUUAUCCAUCGCUUCUCCGACGAAGGCAGAGCGUCGAUUAAGACUUUGACCUCGUCGGAAUCGUUGCCGGAGAAGCGGAGCUCGGAGUAUUAUCGGUUGCUCGCGAGUAGCGAUUUCAGAAGACAGAGAAUGAAUCUUGGUGCCAAGUUUCAGUCCCUUGUUCCAUCACAAGGAAGCAAAACGAUUUCUACUGGAAAUUACUUUGGAUGGCUACACUACACGUGGAUCGACAUAGGGACUCCGAGUGUAUCGUUUCUUGUGGCUUUAGAUUCUGGAAGUGACCUUCUUUGGAUUCCUUGCAACUGUGUGCAAUGCGCUCCUUUAACAUCCACUUACUAUAGCAGCCUGGCUACCAAAGAUUUGAACGAGUAUAAUCCAUCAAGAUCAAGCACCAGCAAGGUGUUUUCGUGCAGCCAUAAGCUGUGUGAAUCGGCUUCAAACUGUGAGACCCCGAGGGAUCAAUGCCCUUAUACUGCUAACUACGCUAGUGAAAACACCUCGAGCUCUGGAUUACUUGUGGAGGAUAUCUUACAUCUUGCAUAUCAUACAAACAAUAGAUUGAUGAACGCUUCCUCCUCUGUCAAGGCUCGAGUGGUUGUAGGAUGUGGUAAGAAGCAAAGUGGUGAAUACUUGAAUGGGGUUGCUCCAGAUGGUUUGAUGGGUUUGGGACUUGGAGAAAUCUCGGUUCCAAGUUUUCUUUCUAAAGCAGGACUCAUGCGAAACUCCUUCUCGAUGUGCUUUGACGAGGAAGAUUCAGGAAGAAUUUACUUCGGUGACAUGGGACCAUCGAUGCAACAAUCAACAAAAUUCCUUCCGCUUAACAACGAAUAUGUAGCCUAUAUUGUGGGUGUGGAGGCUUGUUGUAUCGGCAACUCGUGUCUAAAGCAGACGAGUUUCAGAACCCUUAUCGACAGUGGACAGUCAUUUACAUUCCUACCAGAAGAAAUAUACAGAGAAGUUGCACUUGAGAUUGACAGUCAUAUAAACGCUACGAUUAAGAGGGUCAAAGACGGCCCAUGGGAUUAUUGCUAUGAAACUAGUGUUGAGCCAAAUGUACCAGCCAUCAAACUCAAGUUUUCAUACAAUAACACAUUCGUGAUUCACAAACCUUUGUUUGGACUCGAACAAAGUGAGGGGGUUGUCCAAUUUUGCUUGCCUAUCAAUUCUAGUGGACAAGAAGGCAUAGGAAGCAUAGGACAGAACUACAUGAGAGGGUAUCGAAUGGUUUUCGAUAGAGAGAAUAUGAAGCUAGGCUGGUCAGCCUCCAAAUGUCAAGAGGAUAAGAUAGCGCCGCCUCAGGCUUCACCGGAAAGCACUUCAUCGCCAUAUCCAUUGCCAACAGAGGAGCAGCAAAGCAGAGGCCAUGCGGUUUCACCAGCAAUUGCAGGUCAAACUCCUUCCAAAACAUCAUCAGCAGCAGCAACAUGCAGCUUCUCUUCCAUGAGAUUAUUUAACUCUCUUCUUCUACUUGCUCUGCUACAUGGGCUUGUCUCUAAUAUGUAGAGAGAAAGAUCGCCUUCUCAAAAACAUAACUAUCUUGCUUUGCAUAUAUAUAUAAGAGGUAAAUUUAAAGUCUUACAUAUCAAUUAUAUUAUCUUCUUCAUCUCCGUCUUCAAGUCGGCUAAGUUUUACCUAGAAAACUAACUAUCAAAUGCAAUAUAGAGCCCAAAAAAAAAAAUCAUCUUGGAAUAUAAAUGUUAUAGUAAAAGUUGUAAUCUUUGUUCUAAGGUAGUAUUAUUUAAUUAACGUCUGCAGCUCAAACUGUUUGUAUUUACACCGAGAUAGAAAUUAGAAAUUCGCCUGAAAAAUUCGGUUUCUGAUUGACAUUAAAAUUCUCAUUUUUUACCGGCAUUCGGCCAAAAAAAACAAAAACAAAAACGACAAGACCCAACUCAGUCUGUAAUUUCCCGAUCGAUCUCAGGGGUUUUGUUUUAAUCGCCGGGAGGUUUCAAGAGUCAUGGCC